AACCUUCCCCAAGGAGAGGAUCCCUCAAGUCUUGAGCACUUCAGGCAGACAAUUGUUGAGGAAGACUGAGAUGGACCUACCCCUCAUUAAAAAGAUGAUGCAGACCACAUUUGCACUGCGGCGACAGACCAUAGUGAGGACGUGCCCGCCAGUGAACGAGCUCAUGGACCUCUGGCCUGCUCUCAAAAUGGAGUCUGAGGUGUAUGCAGAGUUCCAACGGAUUACCAACCAGAAUCUGCCGAACACGUUCUACGCUGCUUUUGACCGCCAUCUUCCUCGACUGAUGGUCAUAUUUAGACAGAAGGCGUCCAAAACUGGGAAGACAGCUGAGGCUUUGGCUGAAAUUUUCAAAAUCCACGCUGAACAGGAAUUACAUGACAUCAACACCAGGCGUACCACCGUUAUCCAUGCCCUUCCUGUGUAUCUGCAAGAGGACACCUCUGGAUUUUUCCGAACCUGCACAGAAGAGUCCGAACCAGAGCUUGGAGGUGUUGCAGUGGCCCUCCUUACUGUCAUCAGUGACAAUGGCACAAGUCAAGUGCAAUAUCAGCCUGUGACCAUCUCUGUCGUCAUCGAAAAUGACAUUGUGGUCAGCCUCCCCAGACUUGCAGAUGCAUUCCUGGUAAUGUUUGGACUAAUUUAUGCACUACACCUCAGCUAUCCCAAAGGACUGACAAACACUUUCGAGUUCACUCAGAAGAUUUUACUUGGUCUGGAAGAUCGUAAAUUGUCGCCCAAGUUGCAGACCCUCAAGAAUGACUUGAUGAUGCAUGUGUAGAAAUCCAUCUGAAAAACAGGUGUGGAGUGCGGCAUUUUAAGGCAUUUUCCCUCUACUUCAAAGUGAUUUCCUUCUAAAAAAAAAAAUGCCUUAAAAAAGUUGCUAUUUCUGAUAAACCGGCAUUAAUAAUGUGAAUGUGUGUUUAUGCGUUUGUUUGUUGUUGUUGCUGCACUUUAACUCAUCCAGGUGAAGAUUUGAUACUUGUUAAUGUAAUUCAUUUACAUUUUAGAGUUUUACAGUUAAAGGGUUCAGACUGUCAUUGUGAUUUGAAGUUGUUGCC